GCACAUGGGAAGCGCCCAACAAAUACCCUCAUCGUUAUUAUUUUGUUUCCUCUCCGCCCCACAGGCCUGUCUACAAAAAGUGCUUGGCACACGGGACGUGCCCAACAAAUACCCUCAUCGUUAUUAUUUUGUUUCCUCUCCACCCCACAGGCCUGUCUACAAAAAGUGCCUGGCACACGGGAAGCGUCCAAUAGAUACCCUCAUCAUUCUUAUUUUGUUUCCUCUCCACCCCACAGGCCUGUCUACAAAAAGUGCUUGGCACACGGGAAGCGCCCGACAAAUGCCCUCAUCGUUAUUAUGUUGUUUCCUCUCCACCCCACAGGACUGUCCGCAAAAAGUGCUUGGCACACGGGAAGCGCCCAACAAGUACCCUCAUCGUUCUUAUUUUGUUUCUUCCUCUCCGCCCCCCAGGACUGCCUGCCCCGGCCCCGCGGGCACCGCCAGCCGCGGGGACGCCCUUCCGGGCCACCAUGCCCGGGGGGGAGCCGGCCUCGGAGGGCGAGGGCAAGCCGGAGGGCCCGGUGGCCCCGGCCGUCGCCCACGGCAGGAACGGCGGUGCCAACGGCGGCCCGGGCACGGCCCCGACUGGCAACGGUGGCACCGGAGGAGGAGGAGGAGGAGGGGGUGGCAUCGUCGGUGGCAUCGGUGGCGGCAAUGGAGGAGGGAGCGGUGGCAGUAGCCGGGGAAACACCAGCAGCAACGGGACGAAAUGUUGGCUAUUCAGCGACCACCUGGAGAGCGUGUGUGGCUACUUGAUGAAGUACACCAACCUCGUCACGGGCUGGCAGUUCCGGUUCUUCGUGCUGAACAACGAGGCGGGCCUGCUGGAGUACUUCGUCAACGAGCAGUCGCGGGCGCAGAAGCCGCGCGGCUCCCUGCAGCUGGCCGGGGCCGUCGUCUCCCCCAGCGACGAGGACUCGCACACCUUCGCCGUCAACGCCGCCAGCGGGGAGCACUACAAGCUGCGGGCCACGGACGCCAAGGAGCGGCAGCACUGGGUGAGCAGGUUGCAGGUCAGCACGCAGCAUCACACCGAGGCCAUCGGAAAGAACAACCCUCCGCUGAAGUCGCGCAGCUUCUCGCUGGCCUCCCCGGGGGACGGGAGCUCGCCCACGGCCCAAAGGCGGCCCAGCCGGUCCGCGGGGAGCCUGGCCGGCCUUCCGGGCCUCUCCAGGAGGGAGCCGCUCCAGCUGGACCACCUGAUCCAGGUGCAGGAGAUGAUGGCCCACGCCAAAGGGCAGCAGAGGGACCUGCUGAAGAGCAUCGAGGGGCUGCCGGCCUGCGGCCGCCCCGCCGCCCUGGACCGGGACCUGCUGCUGCUGAAGGCCACGUCCGCCGCCACGCUGGGCUGCCUGGCCGACUGCUUCCACAUUCUGCAGCUCCAACACGCCGCCCGCCACAAAGGGCCGCUCCUCCCCGCGGGCCCGCCCGGCGGCUGGCCGGAGCCGCGGGACCCGCCGCCGGACCGCGGCGACCACCACGGAGCCGACCCGGCCCUCGCCGCCGGGCCCGAGAAGCCGGAGGACCAGGCCGCCGCGGGCACCGGACUCCUGGACGCGGCCCCCGAGGAAGUCGACCCGGACGAGGAGGUGGAGGACACCGGGGAGGAUGAGGAGGACGACCUGGGCGCCGUGGAGGAGCAGCGCAGCGUCAUCCUGCACCUUCUCUCCCAGCUGAAGCUCGGCAUGGAUUUGACCCGGGUGGUCCUGCCCACUUUCACCCUGGAGAAGCGCUCGCUGCUGGAGAUGUACGCCGACUUCCUGUCGCACCCGGACCUGUUCCUGGCCAUCCCCGGCGGGCGCACGGCCGAAGACCGCAUGGUCCGCUUCGUCCACUACUACCUGACCGCCUUCCGCCAGGGCCGCAAGGGCGCGGUGGCCAAGAAGCCCUACAACCCCAUCCUCGGGGAGACCUUCCACUGCUCGUGGAGGGUGGGCCGCCCCGCGGCCCCCGAGCCCGCCGCGGGGACCCCCGCCGCCGAGCCGGCCAGCGACACCGUCCGCUUCGUGGCCGAGCAGGUGUCCCACCACCCGCCCGUGUCCGGCUUCUACGCCGAGUGCCCCGAGCGGGGCGUCAGCGUCGGCGCCCACGUCUGGACCAAGAGCAAGUUCCUGGGCAUGUCCAUCGGCGUGACCAUGGCCGGCGAAGGGCUCCUGAGCCUCCUGGAGCACGGCGAGGAGUACACGUUCACCCUGCCGUCGGCCUACGCCCGCUCCAUCCUCACCGUGCCCUGGGUGGAGCUGGGGGGGAAAGUCACCAUCAACUGCCCCAAGACGGGCUAUUCGGCCAGCGUCGUCUUCCACACCAAGCCCUUCUACGGGGGCAAAGUGCACCGGGUCACGGCGGAGGUGAAGCAGAACCCGAGCAACACCGUGGUGUGCAGGGUGCAGGGCGAGUGGAACAGCCUGCUGGAGUUCACCUACAGCAACGGGGAAACCAAAGUGGUGGAGCUCAGCAAGCUGCCCGUCACCCCCAAGAGGGUCCGGCCCCUGGAGAAGCAGGGGCCCUACGAGUCCAGACGCCUGUGGAGCCGGGUGACCGCCGCCCUAAGGGACUCCGAGCUGGACAAGGCCACGGAGCACAAGCGAGUCCUGGAGGAGCGGCAGAGGAGCGAGGAGCGGCACCGGGCCGAGACGGGCGUCCCGUGGCGCACCAAGUACUUCCUACCGGAGGGCGACGGAUGGGUCUAUCACAAGCCGCUGGGGAAGGCCGCCCCGAAGCCUCAGCCGACCGACUGACCCUCCGCCGGACGGCUCGGCCGGGAAUGUCGGCCCGACCGUCCCGUCCCGUCCCCCGGCCGGAAUCAGUGUUAGAGACGGACCGGGAUGGGCCCG